AUGCCGACGGGGACCCGAUGCAGCUUGAUGCCAUACGCCGACCGUUUGUCUCCAAAGAACCGUGCCAGGCAAACGGCCUCUGCUUCUAUUGCAAGAGGCCUGGCCACGGCAUCGGCGAGUGUGAGGAAAAGAGGAGGGCCGACGCACGCUUUGGUCCCCCGAACCGCCCCUCCGCCCCCCUCCCCCGGGACUACUAGCAAAUGCCGCGCCCACAGCACCCGCGCCCGCAGUUCCACCGCAACAAUGGGAACCUUUCGCCGCAUGACGCCAGGGUCCACAACUGGCAGAACGAUCAAGCACGAUUUCAGCCCGGUGACCGUUCCCAGUACAUCCGCACCGCGGGAUAUGCGACCAGCGAGGUCGACUCAUCAACCCCAGACUCCUGCCCUUUUCUUCGUUACCGACCUCUCCCCGGAAACGCCGGUCAUCCUCGGCCUUCCAUGGCUCCAGCGUCACAACCCGGCCAUCGACUGGGCCAGUCUGUCAGUCACGUUUAAUUCCGACUACUGCCGGGCGCUCUGCUGCCCUGAGUGGCUCGACAACCGCGCCCCCGUCCAGCGGGCACCGCCCAAGAGCUUCCACGAUCUUCACAUCCCAGGUGAACCGAUACUCCAUGCGUCUGGGCAGAGAAGGGACGCGCCAAACACCCCGCCUAUCUAUCGGGGAGCACCCCAGGCGCAAUACGGUCCGGCAAAGCAAGCCGAUGGAUAA